UCUGUAGGGGUUGUGCAACAGCCACCGUGCUGCGUCCAUUCCCCUGAACAGGGCACAAAAACCCCACUGUCCCCAAAGGGAAGGAGGGCACGGCAGCCCCAUGCGCACAAGACACGCACACUGUCCCCAGCUCCGUCCCCAUGUCACACAUCAGCCCUUUUUGUAGCCCCGUGUGCUCGCACAGCUCCUGGCUCUGCCUGCAGUGCCCCGUCCCUCCCAGUGCUCCCAGUGCUCCCAGUGCCAGGGCUCAGCCCAGUCCAAAGUCACAGCGGUGGCACAGCUCUGCGAUGGCCAUGCUGGAUCCCCAGGCGCUCCCCAGCCCCAGCGCAGCUCUGGCAGGCAGAGCAGAGCGGCUGCACGUGGAGGCCACUCACGCCGUCACUGGGAAUCCCACACUGCCUCCGUUCCCCCCUGAGAUGCAGACGGCGAUUUUUGGCAUGGGUUGCUUCUGGGGAGUGGAGCGGCUCUUCUGGGAGAUGCCGGGGGUCUUCUCUACCCAGGUGGGAUAUGCGGGGGGCUUCACCCCCAAUCCCACCUAUGAGGAAGUGCGCUCAGGGCAGACGGGGCACGCUGAGGUGGUGCGGGUGGUGUUCAACCCCAACAAGAUCAGCUAUGAGGAACUGCUGAAGGCUUUCUGGGAGAACCAUGACCCCACACAGGGGAUGCAGCAGCAGGAGGACGUGGGCACCCAGUACCGCUCCAUCAUCCUCACACUGAACCCCCAGCAGCAGGCAGCCGCGCUCCGCAGCAGGGAUGCUUACCAGCAGGAGCUGAGCCAGCAGCACCGAGGGGACAUCACCACCACCAUCGAGCCAGCAGGUGACUUCUACUACGCCGAGGACCACCACCAGCAGUACCUGCACAAAGUGCCCGGGGGGUACUGCGGCCUGAAGGGCACCGGGGUCCCCUGCCCCGUUGUGCCCUGAAUUCACCGUGCAUCCCCAGCACGAUGUCCCCGUGUCCCCGCAGUGCCACCCAAGCUCCUUGCUGGGAGAUUAAAGCUGCAUCCCCUCCA